AUGGCCGCUCUGGCGGUAAACCACCGAGCUACUACUCCAUACCAUCCGCAGUCAAAUGGUUUAGUGGAGAGGUUAAACCAUACUUUGGCAGACAUGUUGUCAAUGGAGGCAAUACUACCCAUAGAUGUCAUGAUGAAUGGGAACCCGAAUCCGGUGAAACAUGACGGGCAAGACGAGGUGGUGAAAAAACUGGGGGAAGCUCAGCAAGUGGUGGCCCAAUGGCUACAUAGAGUGCAAGAAAAACAAAAGGACGCUUAUGAUGCAGGACGAAGAGUGGCAACAGAUUUCAAGGUUGGGGAUGAAGUCCUGGUGUAUAAACCUUUUCGCAAAAUAGGGUGGUCUGAAAAGUUGCUACAUCGAUGGCGAGGACCCUACGUGGUUGUCCGUGAAACUUCGUCGUUAAAUUACGAGGUAAAGUUGCCGCGGGCGCGUAAAUCAGAAAUUGUUCACGUGGUCAGCAUGAAAAAAUUUGCUAGAGGUUCGCCAGAGGUGACAGAUAGGCCUAACGAAGAAAACUUCCUAGGGGAUACUUUACCAGUAACUCCGCCACUGGAGGGAGUCAACGGCCAGUAA